AUGAUGUCUUCUCGACUUACAGCAAUCUUCGCAGCUGGUUUAGUCGCUUUAGCCAAGGCUGGAUCGCUAUUAAUUGAGCCUCACGUCUUAUACGGGUCUUCUAUUGGGGUCUUGGGCUGCAAAAUCAACCACAAUCGUGUAGCGUACUGGCCAAGUGAGGUUGACUGCGAUGCGAUUUGUGUUAAAGUGUCGUAUGGUGGUCGGAGCCUUCAUCUCUUGAAGGUUGACAGGUCUCAGCGAUCCUAUGAUAUAAGUUAUGAUGCGUGGAACUAUUUGGUGACAGGAAAGUCUGCUCUAGUGGCACCGGCUACUGGAGGUAAAGUCCAGAUGGAUUACGAGUUUGUGGAAGCGGAUGAGUGCGCUCAACUUCUCUCACAUGGUAAGCUACCAUUGUCUGCAUCAAACAGCAUGAUCUAUCUGGACAAAUGCCUAUCUCAACCAGAUAGUUGGGUGGCACAAAACCACCAACUCUACAAUAUCCCUCAGGGGAACGAUUGUCUGCACGGAUAUGAUGAAACCUGCAUUUUAGACCUGGCUCUCAGCCAUAACCCAGUGUGCCCGCAUGUUCUUGGGUUUCCCGCCGUUCUGAAGGGUCACGCUGUAGUGAACAUUCCGUAUCCCUCCGGGCAGUAG